GACUUCUUCCUUUUCUUCAACGUUCGCUGGGUGACAGACAUGCCGGCGCCGAGGAGCAAGUAUACGAGGACGCCAGUACGAAGCAUGCCGGUAUGCCAGUACACCGGGCGCUUUCGCUUCACAUUCGCACACACGUACACGCUAUCAUCUGAAGCUCUAUGCACCCCCGAGCAUACGUGCAGGAAGGGAGUGAAGAACACGAUAUGCUGUGGACGGAGUAAGAUGUAAGAUAGAGGCUCGAGGGCUUGAGGGCUCGAGCCUUGGCUUGUGGAGAUGCAUGGUAUCGUACAUACCAAGAAAGCCAGAGAGAAGCCCUUGUCAGCAAUGCAAGUCUGCAAGCCAAAGAGUGGAAAAAGGUACAGAUGCCAGCAUGAAAGAGAUCCACAUCUGUUUCUAUUGUAUCACCCUACAAGGUUCAUGAUGGUUUUUCUCUUCUCUCGUUUGAUAAAUACAUUGCUAGGUCCCAUGUACUACUACCCACUAGCUAAUCCUCCGCAUUGAACUAGUAUGGUACCUCUGCUCAGGGUCCAGCUUAAUUCACUAGGGCAUGUUUAUUGCUCCCAUACAGAUUUAUCUGAUUCUCAAUCGGGUCAAUCCACCUCGAUUCCUAUAAGACACCUUUUUUUCUCCCUCACAUCUGGCAAUUGAUCAACAGCUUCCAUUCGAUCUUUAUAUCCAAGAAUAUUCAUUUCACACCUCUAUACAGCCUUCAUACUCGUCUUCCAAUUGAGAACCUUUAAUUGGUGCUCCCGAUACAUCCACGACAGCUUCAAACUUGAAAAUUACAUAUAAGAUAGAACCUUUCCCGUGUUCAACUUGAUCUCCAUUCCCUCUUCAUCAACUCCCUCAAUAACCUCAAUCUAUACUUCAAGUUUGACAAGAGUGGUAUCGACUACUUCCUUCAUAUCAAAUCAAUACCCAGCCUUCAAUCUAUAACACAAAAUUUCACGCCAACGACAUCAUGCACUCUAUCAGCAGUCUCGUUCUUCUCUUGGCCUCGGCCGUUGCAGCUGUUCCAAUCAACACUGUUUCAGCCCUUGCUUCAAGUGAAUAUACUUGUGCAACGCCAUUACUACCUGCUACUGGAGGUGCUUCUGCUCUUCCAACACCCAGUGGCAGCCUAGCCUAUGUUGCUCUCGGUCGUGGUAUCCAAAAUUAUACCUGCUCCGCCGUUGGUGCUACUCCAGUGGCCCUUGGUGCUGUCGCUAGCCUUUACGAUGCAACCGAAUACGCCAAGUGUGCCAGUACCGCAUUCAAUAAUAUCCCAGCUAUUGCUGUCUAUACGAAUCUUCCAUCUACUAGUAGCGCUAGCUUCAUGGGUCUUAAGCCUCUGGGCAAGCACUUCUUCGAUGCUAGUGGAACUCCAACAUUUGACCUCUCAUCUGUCAAGAAGAUUUUGUACGCUGCCAAGACUGGUGGUGUUGCUGCUCCCAUCAAUUCCAACCCAGGACCUGCUGAUACCGGCGCCGUUGAUUGGUUAUCUUUGAGUGCCAAAUCUACCUACGUAUCCGUUGGUCUUGCAUCAGUCUAUCGCGUUGAAACUGCCGGCGGUAAUUCCAUCAAUCCUUGUACAACAGCAGGUGUUCAGAGUGUUCAGUACGCCGCUCAAUACUGGUUUUACAGUUGACUCCCUGACCAGACUGCCGACCCUUCAGACGAUGAUGACGUAUGUGAUAACUCUGAUGAGUAAUGGGUCGAAUUCUCAGGGAAAAAUAUCAUUUUCUUUAUGGUUCUCAAUGAUGCACGGCUGGGUGGAUGGACGGAAGGAUGGAAAAAGGCAAACGUUACAGAACAAAUGCAUAUAUAGAAUAUGCUUCUGAAGUGAUAAGCUUUUAACAGCUAAAGGGCACACAAAAUGCAAUACCUUAGUAGGGCAUGCAUUAAUAUGUACAUACAUUCUUUUUCUCCACAUAGUACCAGAGUACUUUUUGCUUGCAGAACUCUCGUUUCAUAAUUCAAACAAGCUUAUAAUACAUUUGAUGAUCUUUGUGA